GAGAAAGAUUCAGAAUUAAGAAACGCUAUGCCAUAAGAUUUGUGUUGCUGACGUGAUCAACGGAACUCCAAGGAGAUGGAUCGACCGCCGUGGCGGAGACUCGAGGGCAAGGUAGUGAUGGUCACCGGCGCCUCCUCCGGCAUCGGCCGCGAGAUCUGCCUCGACCUCGCCGCCGCCGGCUGCAGGGUCGUCGCUACCGCUCGCCGGAUCGAUCGCCUUCGAUCCCUCUGCGACGAGAUCGACGGCCCCGGUUCGCCGUUGCCGCCACCUUCCUCCUCCUUCUCGGCCCGCUCCGCCGCGCGGUCCGUGGCCGUUGAGCUCGACGUGAGCGCCGGGGGAUCCGUGAUCGAGGCGGCGGUCCAGAGGGCGUGGGACGCCUUCGGCCGCAUCGAUGCGUUGAUCAACAAUGCAGGGGUUCGAGGUGGUGUUUACUCCCCACUAGAUUGGCCAGAAGAGGACUGGAAUGCCACUUUUGCAACUAAUCUGACUGGCUUAUGGCUAGUUUCCAAGUAUGUAUGCAAACAGAUGGUUAAUGCAAAGCUGAAAGGAACUGUGAUCAACAUUUCUUCUAUUUCUGGUCUCAAUCGUGGGAAGUUGCCUGGAGCCAUAGCAUAUGCUGUCUCAAAGGAAGGUGUUAAUGCAAUUACUAAGGUUAUGGCUUUGGAAAUGGGAGUCCAUAACAUCAGAGUGAACUCAAUAAGCCCUGGGAUAUUCAAAUCUGAGAUAACAGAGAGCCUCAUGCGGAAAAAGUGGAUCAAUAAGGUUGCAACAAAGAUAAUCCCUUUGAGAACAUUUGGUACAUCAGAUCCGGCAAUUACAUCAGUCGUCCGCUAUCUGAUCCAUGACUCAUCUGAAUAUGUAACUGGAAAUAUCUUCAUCGUUGAUGCAGGUGCCACUCUACCAGGUGUUCCCAUCUUCUCUUCACUUUGAUAUCUCCCUAUAACUGCAAAAUCCACAGCCGAUUUACGGUGUCUCCCUUAUUUUCAUUGAGGGAAACGCUCCUGACUUGUUUCAGAUUAGGAAUAUCUGACACCAUUCUAUUAUCCGAUCAAUUAGUUGAGACAUAUCUUUGUUGUUUUUCAAAAAAUUUGAAUGUGCAGAAAUUGAAUUUGUCC